UUAAAUAUCUCCAAGCAGUAGAGAUAAUAUUUAUCAAUUUUUCGAAACAUGAGGUCAAGUACCUUGUUUAUCUCUUCUUGUAUUUUCAUCUGUUUGAUUCUAAUCCAUAUUGAAGGUAGAGUAGUAUGUUUUUAUACAAAAUUAAUCUAUUGUAUUACUCUAUUCUAUAAGCUAAAAAAUUGUUAUAAUUGGUUGAUAAAAAAUUUAGAGGUGGAAGCAGCUAGAGCACCUCCCCAAGACUGUUGGGAUCUCAUCACAUUUCCUGGAAAAUGUGGUUCUCAUGGUAAGAAGAAAUGCUUUAAAGAAAUGGAAGCUAAAAUGAAACAACGUUUUCUUCAAUGCACAUGUAAGAACUUGGAAGAUGAACCCAAACCACCUACGGAUGAACAUGACUGCAUUUGUCAAAGAGAGAAUCCCUACGACUGUAAUGUCCGACCUUAGAUAUUUUAGAAACAUAUAUCAGCCAUCAUACUAAAAAGUUAUUU